AUGGAUGCGACCACCAAUAUCGCUUCAACGCCGCCCAUCGAUCCUCCUGCAAGACCAGGCUGGCCCCUGCCUGUACAGAUCGUCUUCGGUGUCGUAGCCACCGGCGUGACUCUCGUUACUCUGCUUGGUAACGCCUCCGUGGUUCUCGCCUUCGCCCGGACCCGUCGUCUGCACACCUACGCCAACAUCUACAUCGUGAGCCUGGCCAUAGCCGACUUUCUCGGCGAGUUCCCCACUCUUCUUCUGCGGUUGAAUUGGUCGCUGGGCUACUGGCCCUUAGGCGACACCGGCUGUUUUGUGUAUAAUUUGGUAGGCACAUACGCUUACCAUAUCACCUACUUGAUCACUUUGGUCAUCUCACUUGACCGCUACUUUUCAGUCGCCUACCCUAUCAAACAUCUAUCUUACCGUUCGACCAAGGUCGCUCUGUCGGUUAUUUCCGCGACCUGUGCAGUACCGGUGGUCCUGUGGACUCCAUUUUACAGUUACUGGGAAUUUGUCUACGACGGGGCUUUCAAGCGUCUGCCGAACUUGUGCUACCCUCUUUAUUUCAGUAACAUUUACGUCACCGUGGGCGUGAUCUGGGUACAAACCUGGCUGCCGCUUCUGCUCAUGAUAACUGUGUAUUUAAAGGUGUACCAAAUAGCCCGAAAUGCCGUUUCCAGAAAGACCAUUCGCGAAUCGGCGAGUGAGGCAGUCCCAUCCACGUCACGUGACGUCGUCAUGGAAAACGUCGAGAUACACAUCCGUGAAAUGGCAGCUCGGGCCAACCCGGGCUUCGAACUUGAUGAUAGAAACGACAUAAGCGCCCUCGACAGUUUCGGGCAGAAACAAGAAUCGCUAAAUACGCCCAGUUUGCGAACGGCACCGCCCAACUUUGAAUCUGGAAGUGGAGAAAAUGGGCCCCGCAGUCGCAAACAGAUAGGAUCAAAGGUCAAGAGGAAUCAAGAGAAGAAGGCACUGCGUACCUUGACUCCAAUCUUCAUAUCCAUCAUGGUGUCGGGUCUACCCUGGGCCAUCAUCGCUAUCGUCUAUGUCUUUUGCUCCACGUGCAUACCAAGCAUUAUAAAUAGAACGGCCGUGUUUCUGGCUCGUACCAGCAGCACUAUGAACCCGUUCUGCUACGCCGCUGUCAACCCCCUCUAUCGGCAGUAUUUCCUCAAGAUCGUCUGCGCCAAGAACAGGCGGGAAUAA